CAUCCUCCCCUCUCUCCCCCUCUCCGCACCUUUCCUCUCUCCCCUUUUCCCUUUCGUGUCUCUUAUGGUCUCUUUUUAGUUUCUGGGUUUUUUGUUCUCCAGAUUCCCGGAAUCGUAAUUCCUUUCUUUGUGAAUUAAUUGGUAGAAAGGGGGAGUCUGUGUGUGCCCCCAGAUCGCCCGUCAUGGCCGCCCAAACCCCAGCCGUUGUCAUGGACAACGGAACUGGUUAUUCCAAGCUUGGAUUCGCUGGUAACGACUCACCCUCGUUCGUUUUUCCCACAGCAAUUGCCACCAAGGCUGGUGCUGGAAGCGCUGGAGGAGCAGCGCGCCCUGCAGUUGCGAACAAACCGUCUUUCCUAGCUUCUGGCGGUGCAGCAGGGUCACAUCUGUCUGCGAAACGUGGCACGGAGGACUUGGACUUCUUUAUUGGCGAUGAAGCUCUUACAGCUGCUAAUGGCCCUGGAUACGCUAUCAACUACCCCAUCCGCCAUGGUCAGAUUGAGAAUUGGGAUCACAUGGAGCGAUUCUGGUCGAACUCGAUCUUUAAAUACCUGCGUGUCGAGCCCGAGGAUCACUACUUCCUGCUUACGGAACCGCCCCUGAACCCUCCCGAGAACCGCGAAAACACUGCUGAAAUUAUGUUCGAAUCAUUCAACUGCGCCGGUCUCUACAUCGCCGUCCAGGCUGUGCUUGCACUGGCUGCCUCUUGGACUUCUUCCAAAGUGACAGACCGAUCCCUUACCGGAACAGUCAUCGACUCUGGAGAUGGAGUCACGCACGUUAUUCCCGUCGCAGAAGGCUACGUCAUCGGAUCCUCGAUCAAAAGUAUCCCCAUCGCUGGCCGAGAUAUCACCUAUUUCGUACAGAGCUUGCUUCGAGACCGGGGGGAGCCUGAUAGCAGUCUCAAGACUGCCGAGAAGGUCAAGGAGGAAUACUGUUAUGUCUGCCCGGAUAUUGUGAAGGAGUUUGCCCGCUAUGACCGAGAGCCCGAUCGCUUCCUGAAACAUACCGUUACCUCGCCAAACGGCCGCAGCGUGACUAUCGACGUUGGAUACGAGCGUUUCCUGGCCCCUGAGAUCUUUUUCAACCCCGAAAUCUACUCCUCCGAUUUUCUGACCCCUCUUCCCGUUGUUGUGGACGGCGUGAUUCAAUCUUCCCCCAUUGACGUUCGCAGAGGUCUCUACAAGAACAUCGUCCUUUCCGGCGGGUCCACUCUCUACAAGGACUUCGGCCGACGUCUGCAGCGCGAUAUCCGACACCUGGUUGAUGCGCGCAUUCGCGCCUCCGAGGCUCGCAGCGGAGGAGCAAGGAGUGGUGGUCUGGAUGUGGCGGUUGUGACGCAUAAGAGACAGAGGCAUGGCCCGUGGUUUGGAGGCAGUCUGCUGGGACAGACUCCUGAAUUCCGCAGCUACUGCCACACCAAGGCGGAAUAUGACGAAAUUGGCCCCAGCAUCGUCCGGCGGUUUGCUCUCCUGGGCGGUCCCGGCAGUUCGUGAAGUAGAGAUAUGGUUGGCCUCGGUGUGUGAUUUCUCGCUAAGUAUUUUGUCCAUAGUGUUCUUAACUUCUCAUGAUCCAGAAUCUUUUUCAUCCCACUUGACUCUCAUAUGUCUUAUGUCCGGUAGAGUAAAAGGUGAUUGGUUGAUUUACAGGGAGGUUAUUGUUUCUGGGGCCGAGUAAUGUUUUUUUGUACUGCGCUUGAUGUAUAUAUAUAUAUACAUAAAAAAAAAUCAGCUUCCCGCUAUUCAAAGAC